AUGUGGUCUUCAGUGAUAGAAGUGUUAGGAAAUGUACAUGAUGAUGCCUCUUAUUCUGCGAAUAAAGGUGUUGCUGCAGGUUUAAUUGAGAAGAUGGAGAGUUAUCAAUUUGUUUUUGUGUUACAUUUGAUGAAGUAUAUAUUGGGAAUUACAACUGAGUUAUCACUUUCCCUACAACAAGGGGAUCAAAAUAUUGUUCAAGCCAUGUCCUUGGUUAGAAGUGUGAAAUGUCGACUACAAGACUUCAGGGAAGAUGGAUGGCAGAUAAUUUUGGAACAAGUUAACACAUUUUGUGAAUUGAAUAUGAUUCCAAUACUUGAUAUGGAGGGCAACAUGCUAACUCGUGGUCAUGGCAGGCGUAGAGGGCAACUCAUCACUAAUUUUCAUCAUUAUCGUGUGGAGAUUUUUUGUCAGAAAUUGGUUGGGACUGAAAAACAUUUGGUGUUCCCAUUGGUUUAUCGUAUGAUAGAGUUAGCAUUAGUUUUACCAGUUGCAACUGCUUCGGUUGAACGAGUUUUUUCUGCAAUGAAGACUGUGAAGACUGAUUUACGCAAUAAAAUGGGAGAUGAAUGGAUGAAUGACAGUCUAGUUAUAUAUAUUGAAAAGGAUAUUUUUUCUACAAUUGAAAAUGAGCAAAUAUUACAACAUUUUCAACGAAUGCAGUCUCGUUAUGGUCUUAUGGAGAUUCGGUCGAGUAUUAAAUGGGACAAGGGAAAGGCUCUCAGGUUCUAG